AAUGGAAAGCAGCCAUUUUAUGGGCUCCUGACCAACUCUGCUGUUUUGUGUUUUUUUUUGCGCUAAUCACAUUUUUGGGGGGACAUAAUGUUUCCACAAUGACCGAAAGAGCUUCUGGACAUCAGAACAGCAAUCACUAACCUUGAUUUGGAUGAAGAUUUCUACUUCAACGAGUCAGAGGCGCACUUCAUACUGCUCACCCCUGACCAGGCCCUAAUCCUGUAGACUCAAAAAAGAACAAUGCGGUUUAAUUGGAUAGUCUCGAACGGAGCUUGUCCAGUUUGUUCUCUGGUGAUUGUACGUUCGCCAAUAGAACUGAGGGUAGAGGCAGUUUAUGCACUCACCGUUUCCUCUGCGUGCUCUCCUCUCUUAACAGGACCUGAAGAACUGUAAUAUACUAGGUUUCUUGGAGUCGUGGCUGAACAAGGACAUUGAUAAUAAACAUCUAGGUGGUUUUUCUAUGCAUCGGCAGGACAGAACAUCAGUGUCUGGCCAGGAGCGAUUUGGGAACAUGACGCGGGUGUACUAUAAGGAGGCGGUGGGGGCAUUCGUGGUGUUUGACGUGACGAGGGGCUCCACGUUUGAGGCCGUGUCCAAAUGGAAACACGACUUGGACAGCAAGGUGAAACUGGCCAAUGGGAGCCCUAUCCCCUCAGUGCUGCUGGCCAAUAAGUGUGACCAGAAAAAUGAGACCUCCAACAACACUUCCCUCAUGGACAACUUCUGUAAAGAGACUGGCUUCCUGGGCUGGUUCGAGACCUCGGCCAAGGUGGGAAAAGGCAGUGUGGAACAUCGAACACUGAAUAGAUGGGGAAAAAUCAAAGGCAAGAAUAGCAUGAAAAGGACAACAUCAACGUGGAUGAGGCAGCUCGGUUCCUGGUGGAGAACAUCCUGCUCAAUGACAAGGGCCUGCCGUACGAGGAGAGCAACGGAGACCGCAUCAAACUGGACCAGGAGACGAUGGCUGCCGAGAGUAAGUCAGGCUGCUGCUAGCAGUGAGGACUCCUUCUGUGUCCACCCUCCGGCUCGCACCCCAGCCCGCCUCACACAGAAGGCCUAGAGGUCAAGGACUGGGUCUCCGAGCGCCCCCUACCGCAGCCCUCAGCUCCUGUCUCUACUAUCACAACAGGGGCUGCUGUUCAGGGAGGGUGUGACCCUGAACCCAAUUCCUCACUCUAAGCUGUCAUUACUAUGGACUUCCUAACUUCUAACCCCCCCCCAUGCGGAAGGGGUACUGUCCAGGGAGUGGGUCCCGGCAGAUCUCAACCCACUGACUCUGGACCCUGCCAACCCCAUCCCAACACGUUUCCCCCCUCCUUGCCCCCAGACGUGAUCUAGUGCCCUCCCUGAUGCUCUGUGUUAUGAGGCUCUGGUUGUGGAAGACAGGGGAGCACCCUGAUGGAGGUGACAUUAGAUAUAGAAACUUACCCUCUUACCAUUACCAGUAUGUUCUCGUUGUUCUGACACUGUUGUCACAAUUACGCUUGUAACUGUCAUGUUUCAUAUGGUGCCAAGAGGUUUAAAAAGAAUAAUAAUGUUAAGGUGUAAACAAAGGUGGGACUAAGGCUGUGGUAUAACUAAUACGUUUUUGUCUGUUUUUUUAUCAUGAUGAUCUGUGUAAUGUUUGAGUGUUCUAGACAAUGCUAGUCACACAAAUAAGUCUUGAAAGAAACAAAAAAUAACAGAGGGUACCAUAGGAUAGAUCAGUUUUAAUAUUGCAGAUAAUUUGAUAGAAUCUAAAAUCUAAUAGUUUGCAUAAUUUCUAAUCCUGUUUAUUUUUACCCAACACUACCACCCCUCCCCAGAUUGGAGUAAACUCACGAACCACAAUACUUUAUCUGCUCAACAAUACUUAUACUGCUACUUACAGCUUUCACAUGUCCGGUGCAUGUAGUUAACUAAUUAUACAUAUAUUCCUCAUUUCCUCUUUCUGCAGUUGCUGGAUUUUCACUUGAUGUCUUUGUGAUAGAUGUACUCUUUCGUACUAAGAGGUGUAUUUUUUUAAACAUUGUGUUUGAUCAUGGAUGUAUAAUUCCUUGUGAGGUACAAAAAGCAUCAGGCAGGGGAGUGAACCAUCCCUCUGCCCAGGAAGUUGAGUAUCAUAGGCAAGUGUAAAAGCUUUUUUAAAGUGCUGGGUCUAUCAAAUGUAUGUGACAUUAUACAUUGAAUCAACUACAAGAACAAAAAAUAAAACAUUUUAAUUGCA